GACACAACAAUAUAUUUGAAAAUUGUAACCCACAAACCAGAUCCACCUGUUGUUAAGGAUCAUAUGGUUCCUCUUUUGCUGGUUGAUUAUCAAAAUACACCACUAGAGAAUUGGGAUUUAACAACACAACAAAUACUGCCCUAUAUUAAUGGCAUUAAUCACAUAGCACGAAUUGCUGCUGAGGCCGACGUUGAGACAAAUCUUGUAAAGUCAUGUGUACAAAAUCUCGUGUACUAUGGUGUUGUACAACUCCUACCAAUUCUAAAAUAUUCUAAUGUUUAUAUGACACAAAAUCUAAAAAGUCUCAUACAAAAUCCUUCACUUACCAACGCUUGUCGAAAAUAUGUUGCCCUAAAACCAGAUAAAGUUAAACCAACAAUACAGAAAAUCUUUCAAUUUUAUGCCUCAAUGACACAUGGUGUAACGUUGCGUGUUAUAUGUCAACGUCUAUGUCCACAAAAUCAUAAUAUCGAUGAAAGAAAAUUAGUUAUAUUCGGGUUGCAGCAUAAAUUUAUACGUUGCAUACAUAAAUAUCCGGUAUUUACGGGUUCGGUGCCAUCGGGGCGACAAAAAAUGUAUACGGGAUUAUCGAAUUUUGAUGAAAUUUGUUGUAAGACCGGUCUUUCGCCUUCCAGUAUAGAAAAAGAUAUAGACAAGGAUACAAAUGUUACGGUUAUUUGGAAAUGA